CUGUACCCCCAACCUGUUUAAGCUUUAUAAGCUACACCCAGUGUGUACCUACCUUGAGUAUUGUGUAGUCUAGUUUGAAAUGCUUACAAAAUAAGUCACAUAAGUUUUGUUUACUUUUGAAACAGCUAGUAAUAGAGAGGGAAGAAUUGAUUAGGAGGCCUAUACACCUACAGUUAAAGUAACGCACAUAAAGGUCACACUCAGCUGCUUAUAGAUUACCAGUAGGAUGUACAAAAUGUACAUAAAAUUAUGGGUCACUCAACUUUUCCUCGUAUAUUAUCUGGCAGAAUUGUGUAGAUGUCAACAAAUUGAACUUGUAGAAAACAAUCAGCAAGAUAGUGUGUCCCAAUGUUCUCUUGGUAUCAUAGAGAGCAUAGACACAAUAGCUCUGAGGAGUCAAGUCAACUUUCAAAACGCGUCCAUUGACUGGGGAAGAUAUGCACAAUUCCAGUUGAAGACAAAAUCUAAUAGUUAUAAAUACAUGGUGGGCUUAAAAAAUGAAUGCCAAGGAAAACAACACCACGAGGUAUGUUAUUGUGAGAGUAGUCACAAUGAAGUCUACAACAUAGUCUGCCUUUUACCUGCACUUCAAGCAUACAGCAAUGCUCGAUUUCAAGGCAGUUUGACCAGCAUUUUGUCACAACACAAAGAAACAGAAACAAGAUUACUGCCACAAAUUUUUGAUUUGUCUAGGUCACACAUUAUUGUAAACGAUAAAAUUGUAAGAGACCAGACUUGUCACUUUCACGUGAAAGAAACCGAACCAGCCAUUAGAGCGUGCUGUGAGCUCGCCCCAUCGCCUUGUAAGGUCUGGCUUUACAACAGAGGUCGUCUACUCGGGGUAGGAGAGGGUUGCAUUAACAUAACUUUGGACAGCAGUGAUGCAGCCUCCAAACAAUUUACACUGGAGUAUCAGAUCUGUGGCGAACGUCGCGCUUGUGCAUGCAGUGUAACUCUUGAUGGAGUGUCGUCUGCAGAACUCUUGGCCAGAGCUUCAUUGAUCAUUGUACUGUUGGGAAUGGCGACGUAUGGCAUAAUUUAAAAAUUCAGAUUUAGGACGUGACAUGCCGCCUAUUUCUGGAUACAUUUGAUGACCUAUGCAACUCAAAAGAAUGGAUGUGUUUAAAGUUAUGACGAAACCCCGCACCAGUCAGUUACAUUCAGUAUGGGUUGACUAAGAACUUAUGGAUGUGACUGAGAAAGUCCAGGAAGAGAAGAAACUGAUACCAACAAGAUAAAGUAUGCAUACUCAAGGGACACAGCUCUUAGAGAAUCAACACAUGCUAAGCAGUUUCCAAUUUCCAACGUUUUACAACUUCGAGCACCUUCUAAAAAUAAAAAGCAUUGUGUGACCCCCCUCUCAAAAAUUGAAUUGUACCACAAAAAAUUAUGUUUAAAUUAUUUCCAAAAACACAGCAGUGUUUAAUGAUAUCUAUAGUGGUGACAUCGUUGACAUGUUCACAAUAUUGAUGUAGUAUGCUAGUCUUAAUAUAUUUCGUCAGCUCAUACGUCUUACUAGCUUAUUAAAGCCUUGCAUUGGGUAUUAGCUAUAUCUUAUUACAUCUCUAUAUAUUUUAAACCUAAAUCUAUAUUUAAUUAGAGGACGCAGUAGCUGAGUGGUCAAGGGUUCAAAUCUCGGUGAAGACUUUGAUUUUGAAUUUCGGGAUUUUUAGGGCACCUCUGAGUCAACCAAAAUCUAUUGGGUAGCCUACUUAACAUUAGUGGGGGAAAGUAAAUGUGGUUUGUCGUUGUGCUGGCCACAUAACACCCUGCUGGUUAACUAUAGGCUAAAGAAAUAGAUGACCUUAACAUUAUAUGCCCUAUAGAUCGCAAGGUCUGAAAGAAGAACUUUACUUUUAAAUUUAAUUAAGAGGAUUAUACUUUUUAAUUAGCACUACUAAACAGUACAACUUUGUUGUUGUUUUUUUGCAAUACCUCUGUUCAAGCCAGAUCUUCAGGGAACCAGCAGAAACCUGGUCAGCUGAUCUAAACAAUGGCUCUAACGAUUUUUCUAGAAAUCUAACAAUUAAUGUAUACCGUUGAAAAAAGACUUACUAACUCAUUGGCCAUACGUGUGCUAAUAUUAUAUGAUAUUACGUCAUUGUUUGUUGUUUAUGUUCUGUGCGAAAGCAAAAGGAUUUGAAAGAAAUAAAAAGAGUCUUCUAUGUCUACUUUGAUAAUCAGAUCAAAAUCAAAAUUUUUUAAAAUUAUUUUAUUAUAUUUGAAGUUUAAUAUUUGAUGUAUUGCCUUUUUUCAAUAUAUUUUUAAAAUGUUUAUCUUGUUAAUCACAAAACUUUGUCAUUAUUAGUAUUCUUGUGACAUUCUUUCGUUUAAAAAAGUUUUUCAAAGGAAAUAAAACGUACUCACAAUUUCGUGUAAGACAUAUAAACAUAAUACAAUUUAAUUCUAUAUAAAUCUAUUAUAUAAAGCAGAAUGUUUGGCGUAUGUAUGUAUGUAUGUAUGUAUGUAUGUCCCCGUAUAGAAAUAAAAACCGCUUGACCAAUCUUGAUAAAACUUGGCAGAAAUAUUCCUUGGAUACCAACUUAGACCGUAGUGUAUGUAUUGUGGCCCUAAAACAAACUUAAGACCCUCAAAAAAAAAAAAAAGACCAACUCUAUUACAACUAUAGUAUUUUAUGGAUCUAGGCCAUGUUUACAAUGUUGACAUGAGAAAAGAUCGAAAGGAUUUAGAUCUAGAUCUAAUUUUAAGAACUACACUUUGCGCAUAAAGUUUUUUUUAACUUUGACACAUGAAAAUACAAAAUAUAGUCUAUUGAUUUCAUUAUUUAAUAAAAUUAACCUUCAAAUUUGUGUU